AUAUACCCUAAAACUAGAAAGAAGCAACUAAGUGAGAAAGAUGGGAAACUCCCAUCCAGAUACAUAGAAAGUAAAUAUUGAAUCAAUUUUUCAAAAUAAAAAAUAAGAAUAGUUUACAAAGUUGGUAACAUAAAGCGAGUAUAAAGUGAAAUAGGAAGGUAUGUUUAUCAUUAAUUUGAAUGGAAGUGCUUCAUUAGGCGUACUCGUAAGAAAAACAAUAAAACAUCAUUCUUUAAUUAUCCUUUUGAAUGCAAGUGAUUUACGAGCCUGCUUGUGUUAAUCAAGGUAAGUAUACUUUUACACUUAAACAUACAUCAGAUUGAUGAUAUAGUUGAAGAGUGUCAGUCUUAUGUUCAAAAAGUGAAAUUCCUGGUUUACUUCUUUUCUUUUAAUCAGAAAAAAAUGAAUUGAUAAAAAAAAAGGAUUUUGGGGCUGUUGACUUUUGACUAUUGGACUGUGGUACAGUUGCAGGACGCUUGCAGAAAACUAAAUUAUAUCAGUAGAUUUAGAGAUAAUACCUAUAACCUAUCUUCUGCUAUGGUGGUUUUAGCUAAACCACUGCGCAAGUGUAUAAAGUAUACGUGGAAGACAAUACUUCAACGUUCUGAUGUGAUUUGUCUAAAAUAUCAAAAUUAAUGUCCUUAAUCGUCUUGUUACAAGUUGAAUCAUAUAUUUAAAGCAGCAGCCUUUUUUCUAGCUUGCAAUCCAGUGUAUACUAAUCAGCAAGAAACAAAUCAAAAUCAAGUUUUUGACUCUGUGCAUACAAGUUGUCAAGUUUCUUCUCCCUAUUGGUUUACUUGAUUUAUUUGCUCUUUGUACAAAACAGCUGUAUUGCUAACUGCCAAAGACCAACUUGAGCAUCUAACCAAUAAUAAUUUUGUUGCUUCAAUGUGGGGUACCCAAAUAGAAAGAUCAUUAAUUUGGAUAAGAUUAUGUACUUCCAGAGUGAAAACCGUGUAAGUCUCCAUUCGCAUUAACUACAUAAUCAAUUCUGAUGUAUCCAUAGGGACCCUUUUUUCAGUCACAAAUUCUCUCUUCUCUCUCUCUCUAUAUAUAUAUAUAUAGUUUCUAUCUUUUUAUACAUCCCAAAUAAACCAAUCCUGUUCAAUAGUUCUUGUUUCUUAAAGAUGGCCACAGAAGAAGAAAUUUCAACUCUGAAACUGAUGCGCCAAUAUCUCUUGGGAGAUAUUUCGGACCCGUUUCUCACUAACCUCAUCCCUGUAAAAGUUGAAGACUCCUCAUCAGAACUUGAUUUGGAUUCAAACUCUUCAGAACAAAGCAACUGCUGCAGGUUUCUAGAAUACUUUGAUUUUGAAGCAGACAAAGAACUGACAGAUCUCAGUUCUCAUCAUAAUAUCCAAAACUCCAUUGCUAAAAGUCCACUCAAGAAUUCUGAUCUGGCAGAUCCAAUUGUGCCAGUGAAAAAGGAAGUAACAUGUUGUUAUGAGGCAAGGCGUUACAGAGGAGUGAGGAGAAGACCAUGGGGGAAGUUUGCUGCAGAAAUCCGUGACCCCAAAAGGAAAGGGAGCAGGGUGUGGCUAGGUACGUAUGACAGUGAAAUUGAUGCUGCUAAAGCUUAUGAUUGUGCUGCCUUCAGAAUGAGGGGUCAGAAGGCUGUAUUGAAUUUCCCUUUGGAGGCUGGAAGGUCUCAUCCAGAACCCAACACUUCUGGCAGGAAGAGAAGAAGAGACUGCACUGCAACUGUCACAACUUCAACUCAUGUAUGUCAUGAAAAAUAAGUCAGUGUAGGACUCAGUACCAUGUUUUUUUUUGUCAGUUAAAUAAGUUAAUGCAAAGGUUUCUUAUCUAAAACCUUUAGUUAUGGCUAAGUGAAGUUCAAUUCAACAGUUCUCAAAGAAA